GGCGCGGUGCACGCCGGGAAGCCGACGCCCAAGAUGGCGGCAGGAUUGAAAAGUUGUUGCCGGGGCGGCGGCGCCUCCCCGGGCUCGGCUUGAGCCUCCUGGGCUUCCGGGGGCGGCUAUGGCGGCGCAGUGAGGGGAGAGGGGACCCGGGCGGGGAGAUGCCUCCGGGCCCCGCCUGAGACAUGGAGGAGGAAGGCAAGAGGGGCAAAAAGCCUGGAAUCGCGUCCCCUUUCAAGCGCGUCUUCCUGAAAGGUGAAAAGGGUCGGGAUAAGAAGGCCCAGGAGAAGGUGACCGAAAGGCGUGCUCUGCACACGGCGCCUCUUUCAUUGCCUGACCGCUUUGAGCCGGACGUCCUCCUGAACGAUUACAUUGAGAAGGAAGUGAAGUAUUUAGGUCAAUUAACAUCUGUCCCAGGAUAUCUGAAUCCCUCCAGUCGCACUGAAAUUCUGCAUUUAAUUGACAAUGCAAAGCGAGCACAUCAGCUUCCUGGCCAGCUGACCCACGAACACGAUGCUGUGAUCAGCCUCUCAGCCUAUAACGUCAAGCUGGUCUGGCGAGACGGCGAAGACAUCAUACUCAGGGUCCCCAUCCACGACAUCGCGUCGGUUUCCUACAUCCGGGAUGAUUCCUCACAUUUGGUGGUGUUGAAAACAGCUCAGGACCCCGGGAUUUCCCCCACCCAGAGUCUUUGUGCGGAAAGCUCGAAAGCUCUCACAUCAGGGUCCCUUUCAGAGAGCGGAGUGGUUCCUGUUGAAGCUUGUUGCCUGGUGAUCCUGGCCACAGAGAAUAAAGGAACUGCGGAGGAACUCUGCUCCCUUCUCAGCCAAGUCUUCCAUAUCGUUUACACGGAGUCUACCAUAGAUUUCUUGGACAGAGCAAUAUUUGAUGGGGCCUCCACACCAACCCGGCAUCUGUCUUUGCACAGCGAUGACUCGUCUACAAAAGUGGAUGUCAAAGAUCCCUACGAAACGGAAGCAAGCACUUUUUCUUUCCCCGAGUCCUUGGAGACGGGUGGCAACUCCCCUUCCUCCUUCUCGGCGCAGCCAUCUCCCCCCGCCAAGACGGCCAGCGACAGCGAGUUGAGCACAACUGCCACGGAGAUGCUCCAGGACUACAUGAUGACGUUACGGACAAAACUCUCUUCUCAUGAGAUCCAGCAGUUUGCCAUGCUCCUGCACGAAUAUCGCAACGGGGCAUCCGUACAUGAGUUCUGUGUCAACCUGCGGCAGCUGUACGGGGACAGCCGAAAAUUCCUUCUACUGGGCCUUCGGCCCUUCAUCCCAGAGAAGGACAGCCAGUACUUCGAGAACUUCCUAGAGACCAUUGGCGUGAAGGACGGGCGGGGCAUCAUCACGGACAGCUUUGGGAGAUACAGGUGGACCGUGAGGACAACCUCCAACUCCACAGCCAAUGGCAACGGAGCCACGGGUAGCUCGGACGACCAGUCUGCGCCCUCGGAGGGGGACGAAUGGGACCGGAUGAUCUCGGACAUCAGCAACGACAUCGAGGCCUUGGGGUGCAGCAUGGACCAAGACUCUUCCUGAAGGGGAGCCGGGAGGGAAGCAAGACAGGGCCUUCUUGCCCACCCCAGACACCUCCCUCCCUCCCCCGGGAUAACAGCCGCUUUUCUGUUCCAAGUGAAUUCCUCGAAGGCUCCCCGCUCCCCCCGGCAUUUUGCAAGGGUCUGAUCUGCUGCCCCUCACAGGCUCCCUUCUGUGAAGGAGUGAAAGCCAGCGAGCUGUGAAAAAACACGGCCUUCGGUUUGCCUCUUGCUGGGGGGGCAAAUUGCAGAGAAGCCAUGAACCCAGGGAAGAGCAGCCCAAGCCUCCCGGGGGCUACCAACCCCCCCCCACCCUGGGGGGGUUUACGGUUUUGCACAUGGCCUUUCUAGUGCUUGCGCCUGCACGUAUGAAUGUGUGUUUCAUGACCUCCAUCACAAUGUGAAUCCCUUUAAAUUCCAAGCGUUUGUCUUAACAUUUCAAGCAAGGAGGGGGCCUGGCCGGAAAGCCGAGGGGGCAGCUGAGGUUGGGCAGGGCAGGGGUCAGCAGUUAUCCCGGCCUCAGGGCUUAUGGGGCGUGUGGGGCUGGUGAGGCCGCCUCGGCUGGAACGUGAGAAUCUGGUCGAGAAAUGCCAACCACCUCCUUCAAGAGGUGCCCUGGAUCAUUUGCCUCUCCCGGUCUGGGCAAACCAUCCCCAGCUGGGCCAGGCGCUGGCUGUUCCAAGGGGCAGGACCUCUGUGGCUGGUCUGGCCCCUUGAGCAGGGCAUCAGGGGGGGGGCUUCAUUGAGGGGAGGGCUUGGCAUCCUUCCAAAGCGGCGGCAGUGAGGGGGCAGUUUGAGAUCCCCCCCGGCACUGGCAUGGAUCCAACUGACCAGGGAAUUCUGGGAGUCGAGGGGGGGCCGCAAGGGAGAGGAUCGCGAGACAUUUUGAUUCUGGUUUGCUUUCUGCGGGGCAAGGCAGGGAGGCAAUAUAUACAUAAUGUAUAUGUGUUGUAUAUAUUAUACAUAUAAAUGCACAGUUAUUUUUGUAAGUGUAUUUUGUGCCACAAAAGCCCUCCUGGCGUCUAUAAACUGACACGUAUGCUCUUUUA